AUGUCCGCCGUUCGACCCGUGAACGGCGACAAAAUGCAGAUGCCCGGUCCCGAAUAUCUCCUACCGCAAGGCCAGGCCAGAGACAAAAUUAUUGCACCCUCGCAAAUGAGCGCCAAAUGGCAUGCAGAAUACGGUUCAAUCUACCGAAUUUGGAACGGCGUUUGGCCUGAAAUUGUCAUCACCGACCCUAAAGACGUCGAGGCUUGGUUCUCUGGGAAAGGCGAGCACAGCAAAUUUUCCUUCACACCCUCUGGUGCGCUCUUCAACUACGCAAUGGGCCAUGCGGUCGGACUGAUCAACGGCCACGAGUGGAAGGUCUUGCGCAAGCUGCUGGACCCCUACGUCAACUUCUCGAGUUCGGCUAAGCUCACGCCGUUAAUUUUUCAGCGCGCCGUGGACCACGUGCAGCAUGUUCCUGCGCAGACCCUCGCCCCCAGUAAGGAGAAUAUCAUUGUCAACGCUUACCGCGCUGUGCAGUCGUACCCAUUUUUCACGCAGAUGGAGACCUUCUAUGGGCCACUCACCCAAGUUCAGAAGGAGGAAGUCUGGGCGAUCGGCCAAAUUUUCCUGGUGUUAUCGACCUGGGUAGUGGAGCAGGGACUCACUCGCAGCCGACUGCUGAAGUACUUCUACUCGAUCAAAGCAUGGGUCUUGAUCCGUCAGUUCGACCAGCGAUGGCGCACCUUCAACCGCGAGGUCGUGGAUCAGAAGCGCACCCAGACCGAGUUGCCCAUCAUCCGUCUGUGGACGAAUGUCGAAAAUGGAGACAUAACCGAAGACCAACUCAUCCACACCUUCACCGAGUCUAUCUUCGCGAACCUGGACGUCACCACUUCAGUGAUUACGGGCUGUGUCCUGCACAUCGCGGAGAACAAGCGCAUCCAGAAGAAGCUCCAGAUGGAGAUCGACGAGCACCAGGAUAAUCUGGCCGAGUAUAUUAAGCGUCAGGAUACAUUCUUGCACUGGUGCUUCCUAGAGUCUAUUCGUCUGGAGCCAAUCCCUGCGAUAGCCUUCUCCCUCGCAGGCCGUUGCACUGAAGACAAAAUCUUAGGUGGCUACCACAUUCCCGCCAACACGAGCGUCGUCAUUGACGCCUACUCUAUCAACAUCAAUAAUCCUUACUGGGGACCGGAUACUAAAGAUUACCGCCCUGAGCGCUUCGAGGGCCUCAAUCCCCGCGAGCUGAAGUAUAACUUGUCGACCUUCGGGUAUGGCUCGCGCAAAUGUCUGGGAGUUCACCUCGGCGGCAAGAUGGUGCGCAGCAUUGUGGCAGCAUUGCUCAGCCAGUAUGAUGUUGACCUUGAGGGUCAAGCCAAGGAUGGCGACCGGUAUAGAACGGAUGAAUCAAGUUUUUUCGCCAAGUACUUGGCAAACAUUCAGCUAACACCGAGAACACUCUGA